AUGAGACGGAACCUGGGUCCAACUACUCGUUCUGUGUACAUUUGUCUGGCCUGUCUGUCCCUCGCGCUGCACCUCAUUCUGGCAUUGUUCUGUCUCGCUGUCCUCCAGACAGCCUGCGUCCUACCCAACUCCUAUUCGGCAUCCAUUAGUCCGAGAACAGAUACCCGGGAGGGGAAUCCAGUCUCCUCCUCUCCACAUAAACCAUCGAUAAAUCCAGAGGAUGACACAUUUCACAAGCUAAAUGCGACAAGGCCGCCUGAGGCCGUUGGCGCAGAGAAGAAACUGAUUUGCCCCGGAAAAGUCGUCAAGGAUGCCUCCAGGCUGGAGGCACUUUUCCACCACCCGCUGUACAACCUGCCAGAACCAGAGUUGCUAGAGGACGACUGGCUGCUUAGGGUGAAGACAAAUGAGCCCACAGACGAUGAGGGUGAUGACAAGGAGAGCAUCAGUAGUGACAGUCAGUGGCAGAGUGGAAGUCAGGAGAAAGGCUACGACAAAGUCUCUUGGACCAGCAAAGCGGAGACUCACCCGCCCUGGUUGCGGUUCCACUUGGGCAUCACACGUUGGGGACUAUACGACAGGAAGGACCCCACUGUGGCAAAGCUGACCCACUACUUGGCAAAUCAACACAUUCUUGGAGCGGUUCAAAAAUCUGGAGGUACUCAGCUCAAACUGCUCUUAUCUUUCCCAAACUAUGGACAAGCUUUGCUUAAACCCAUGAAACAAUCCAGAGACGCAGAGACUGAUGUGAACCUCUUCUACUUCUCUGACUUUGAAAGACACAACGCCGAGAUCGCGGCUUUUCAUCUCGACAGACUGCUGGGCUUCAAUCGAAUCCCUCCAGUCGCCGGUCGCCUGAUCAACAUCACCAGAGAGAUCAGGGAGAUUACUACGGACCGCGAGCUGUCUCGCACCUUCUUCACGUCCCCCGCGGGGAAUGUGUGUUUCUAUGGCCGGUGUGAAUACUACUGCUCCAGCGAGCACCCGCUGUGCGGCCAGCCACACUCUCUGGAGGCGUCCUUGGCUGCCAUGCUGCCUGACCUCAGCCUCGCUCCCCGCAGGUCAUGGAGAUCGCCAUGGAGACGAUCCUACAGCCGGACUAAGCUGGCACAGUGGGAGAAAGACCCAGCUUACUGUGACGCCGUCAAACAGACGCCUCCUUAUAACCACGGCACCAGACUGGUGGACGUCAUCGACAUGGCGAUAUUGGACUUCCUCAUGAGCAACAUGGAUAGACAUCACUACGAGACGUUUGAGAAAUUUGGCAACGACACGUUCCUGCUUCAUCUGGAUAAUGGACGAGCGUUUGGGCGUCACUCUCAAGAUGAGCUUUCCAUAUUAGCUCCUUUACAGCAGUGUUGCAGGAUCCGCCGCUCCACCCUCCUCCGCUUGCGCCUCUUGUCCGUCCCAGACUUCCGCCUGAGCGACGUCAUGCGGGAGUCUUUGUCCCAGGAUCUUUUGGCCGCUGUGGCGCCCCUGCUCUCCGAGUCACACCUCCACGCUUUGGACCGACGCCUCGCAGCGGUCUUGCGGGUGGUGAGGAUCUGUCAAGAGCGUCAUGAGGAAGUCAUUUUCAAUGACUUGGGAGGAUACGAGGAAGAGUAG